UAUACGUCACAGGCAUUAUGGCGGAGGCUGGUUGAGGAGGAGAAUUACUCCGUGAAGCUGCACUGAAAAGCAACUUCAUCGCUAGCUUGCCUAGUUGAUCCCUGGUCCCAAAAAAUGGCCUGCAAUAUCGGCCAGGAGAAAAAAGGCGACAAGGAGAGCACCAAGCCCGGCGGCUUAACCGUGGAGGAUUGUGAGAGCAAGAAACAAUUGUUGUCUGCCUCUAGCACGGCCACAUCGAAGCAAAAUGGCGAUCAAGCUGAAUGUGAAGACGAGCAAAUGCCUGAACAAGAUGCUUCUGAGCGGCGGAGGGCUGGACUGUCGGAGCAGAAAAUUUGCAGCAGUUCGCCAUCGACUGUAACGAGGUCGACAGAGGAGCUGCCAAGGAGGAAUUUUCAGAUUCCGCGGAAGAUCAAGGAGCGGAAAGGUCUCCUCCAGCACUUGUCUCCAGAUUCCAGAGAGUUUGAAGAAGUUGUGAAGCUUCUCUCCAAGUUUUAUCUGGAUGCUGCCUCUCGUGGGACUUUCACUUACACCAAAGCUUGUCUCAUUCACAAUGAGCUCCUGGAAAAAGAGUUCAUUGAGAAGAAAAGGGAACUGAAGCAGAAUGGUAGGACAGAUGCAGAGCUCACAGAAUUCAAUGCUUUUCUGCUGCCAGAGAGAAAUAAGGUUCAAUGGAUCUGUGAAAAGGGUCUCUCUGUGGGACAUUCGCGGGUCACCAAUCUUGGAAGUCCUCUCAAAGGGGUUUACCUCUCAAAAUACUCAGACUUGUUACAAAUGAAUCCAUUUGAAGUUGGUGCUGCUGGAGAGAUUAUAAUAUUCAAAGUCAUGAAGGGUAAAGUGAAAACAAUAUUUGAGAAUAUGCCCAAGGGUAAUCUGGAACCUGCCCCUAAAUAUGACUGCCAUCUCUACAAAAAUGCCAGCAAAGUGACCUCAUUAUUGUCCUACAGGGCCUUUGAACACACUCAACAAUACUUUUAUGAAUUUGCAUUUGAUGAACUACGGUCAAGGCCCAGGCACGUGUUGCCAUAUGCGGUUGUGUCUUUUCAAUACAAAGGCAAAGAGCCGGCUGCGGCUGCACACAGUAGAUUAAACAGUACUGUGCAUGAAGCGCAGAGGGUUCGACGCAGAUAUACGGUUUGGAGUGGCUUGCUGGUAAAUAAGGGAGAUGAGGUCUAUCAAGUGCACAUACGGUCUACAAGUCUCCCUCUCCUUCCCCUUAAACUCCCAGACAAGCUUGACAUCAAAAUGGCAAUGCAUCUCGAUCAAGUAAAGAGAAAGAUCCCAUCUUCUCUGCUAUCAUGGGACACAUACAGUGGAUCACGAGAGGCAUUGAAGUGUGGUAUGUACUGCAGCCUGUAUGAGGUCAGUGGGAAGACUAAACAGGAAGACAGUCUCUCAGGACUGCUGCAGCGGCUUGAGAGAGAGAGAAUGGUUCUGGUGAAGCCACUGGCAGACAAAGGAUUUCUUUUCUUGCUUUCAUCCUCUCAGUUGCACACUACCAAUGAGAGGCGAGGCAGAUAUGAUAGGGGUUUACAGGCACUUUUUGUCUUUCAAGAGCAAAGAAUCAUCUCGAGGUUGGUUUCUAAAAGCUUUGGAGUAGAUGAUGACCCUCUGGUUACACUAGAGCCUAAAGACCCAAUCAGCCACCAACUAGAUAAUUUUGUACCCGCCCUGCACCACGGGCUCUUCAAACUACGUGCUAAUCCACCCAAAGAGCUUGCUGCAGGGCUGAAGCGCCAGGCACUGGACUAUCUGAGCCAACAGGAGCAAGGUGCUAUACGGCCCUUUCAGGUGGGGGAGUACCGGCACAGUUUGGAUGACCGGACCAACCUACACCCAGCACCUCGUCCCAAGAACAUGGACUCAGCACUAAAGUCUUACAUAUAUGGGCCGGGACAGUUUCAGCUACCUGUGGAGGCACUGCAGCAGGGCCUGAUGGACAGCAGGCAGGGGGCAGUGUCUCCCCCAGCAGGCGCUGAAGAGUACAGUCCUGUUUCAGACUGGGGAGGGUCAGAUAGACAGGCAUCAAGCAGCAGUGGACUUGGGAUUUCUCAGUCUAACGGUGGCGCUCAGAGGCCACAGGGGGAAUAUGACAAAGACAAGAUGGAGAAAUUGCUGAAGUUGAUUCAGUUACACAAGAGGACUUUGGGAAAGGAGGAGGAGAGCGGGCCGGAGAGAGAGGAUGACUGGGACCCAGUCAGUCUGAAGAGAAGGCUAGAGAAGGAAGGUGCUGGAGGCAUGAGCAAGUACCUGAGGACGGAUCUGCUGAAUGGAGAGCCAGGAAGAGUGAUGAUGGACAGCAUGGGGUUGUGUGACACGGACCUACGGGAGCGCAUGACUCCGAGUACCUCUUUACGAGACACGCAUACGUUGCUUAAACUCUUCCUCAGCACACUCAACAGGAUGGCCCAGACCUCUUCAAGUGGCCAGCCUUUAAUUCUCCCUGACAGCUUGGAGAUCGAACCCACCGACUUGGUGGCUCACUGUGACCUUGACCUGCGGGGCAGGCGUGCUGAUGCGGAGCAGGUUAUCCAGGAUUAUUUAGAGGAGCAGAUGGUCUGCAGCAGGAGCAGUUUGGAUGUGCGCAGUCCCUCUUCUAGUAUGGAUCAGCAGCCCUCCCGUCCAGCAGAAGUCUCACAUCAGAGCCACCACUUCUGGAAAACACCCACCACAGAGGGUGUUGGUGAGGCUUGUGUGAGUGGAGGUGAGAAGCAGGCAAAGACCACAGGAAAAGCGGUAGAUGCCAUCCUUGACAGUGAGUUCAAGAACCUCUGCACAGGAAUCCAUGAACUGAUGGAAGCCCAACAUAUAAUGUACAUCUCCCAGAUUCCUUUGCCUCGACGUAAGGAGCAGGCCAAUUGGUCGUGCCUGUCCUUCUCUACAUUUGUUUCAAAAUAUGUCACAUCACCGCCAGUGCAGGCUCAUGUCAACACUCUCUGUGAGAAGAUGAACCGAUUGAUUUGUGCUCCCAGUUCGUCAUUGGAACCUGCGACCAUUACGUCACCAGCUGCUAUUGCCCCAGUGCUUGCCCCCUUAACUGCAGUCCUGCCCUCUUCUGCCAAGCUGACUAAAGCCCAACCCACCCUGCCCUCUCCACCUGUCCCUUGUCACACUAAAACAUCAUCUCCAGUGCUCAAGUCUCAAGCUUCGAUCAACAAGCCACAAGCCCCUGUACUUGCCCCUAAACCUCCCUCUUCAGGCAAACCUCGCCUUGGCACUGUCAAAGAGGUCCACCUAUUUUCAGAAGAAAAGUCAACUGACCUCAAGAGUACAAAUGUUUUGGAAAGUCCUAUGUGCUCUCCAUCAACAGUAAGCGGCAGUAAUCCUCCAAUUCCUCCAGUAUUGGCGAUACCCUCAGAUCCUAUCCUUGCAGGAACCUCAAGCACUGUGGGUGGCAACAUUAUUGGCCAGAUCAAGCCAGAUGUGUUGUGCACACUGGUGGAGAUCAUGCAGAAGAAUGCAGUGAAGUUCUACAUUCAGAGAGGAGAUGAGGAGAGUGAACUCUGCACUGAGAUCAAGGAGUAUUUAAGAAGUCUUGGCAAUAUUGACUGCAACCCACUGACCUACCUGAUGAAUAAAAGCCAGCAAAAGUUCAUGAUCAUCAUUCAGAAUGAGGAUAUCGCUGCUCAUGUACAUAAGAUCCCAGCACUGGUGUCUUUGAAGAAGUUGUCCACAGUUUACUUCGCUGGCGUCGACAGUUUGGAUGAUGUGAAAAAUCGCACUUACAAUGAACUUUUUGUGUCAGGUGGUCUCAUCGUGUCUGAUGAGUUCAUUCUCAACCCUGACAAUAUAACACUAGAAAAGCUAAAGGCAUUUCUUCAGUUCCUGGAGGAACAGGGCUCACCCUGGAAGUGGAAGGUUCACUGUAAGACUCAGAAGAAGCUUAAAGAGCUCAGCAGGUUAAACGCAGAGGCCCUGGAGCUGUUAAACCUGCUAACGGCCUAUCAAAAGAAACACCUGGUUGAGUUUCUACCUUACCAUGAGUGUGACACUCCAUCUAAGCAGGCUCCUGAUUUGGACUGCCUGGUGAAGUUACAAGCUCAACACACACAGCUCAGACACAUCAUCUUCCUUACAGAAAGGCAUCAUGAGACAUUCUCACAGUUCUCUGGCAGUGGAGUUAUUGUGGCAGGUAUGAAUGACAUCAUGAACAACUUCCAGAGUUUGAUCAGCAUUCCGGAAGUAGUAGUGAAUAUCCGACCUGCUCCAGUAGAGCCUGAUGCAGUGGUAGAUGAAGAGGACAUGUCCAUAGACUCUGAAGAUGACAUGCUGGUUAUCGACGAGCCUUCCAUUCAAGCUGAAAAUAAUCUGGAAGGACAGCAGGCCCCUCUGCCCCCUCCGCCUCAUACAGAUGGAUUUCGUCCUCCUCUCCCUGACCAGCCCCAUUUGGACCCCAUUAUGGAUCCCCCGCCAAACCCUUCCACCUACCCUACCCAGGGCUCAUAUGCGACUGAUUACGUGGCUCUCAAAUCUGCCAUCGCUCAAUAUAAAGCCGCCACUCAGGAGGGCACACCCAAGCCUGAAGUGGAGGACACCCUGGUCAGUUUUGGGGUUAACCCCCACCAGAGCUACCUGUGUCCCAGCUCAGCACAGUGGAGCCCUUACUCUGGAUCACCUGCAUACCACAUGUCCUCUGCAUAUUCGUCCCCAGUUAGGGCAGCCUCCAAAGGUUUAGAGUACAGCCAAACUGCCACCACAAACACCUCGACUUUGCCCAUCGCCCAGCCGCCCACCAUUCCGACCUCCCUGCCCCUCCCUCAGCCCCCUGUUAGCUCAGCGGAGGUGCAUCCAACUCCAGAAACAGCCUCCUCCCUUCAGCCCCCUGACAGUGUGGGUACGGCUGGGGCAGCAACAGCAAGCAGUGCAAAUCAGGUGGUUCUUGCUGGCACUCAGGAUGCUCUGAAAGGUUUAGAGACUGCAUCUUUCUCCAGCUUAUCCUCCUCUUCCUCUCUUCACACCACUUGUCCUUCCUUACCAGAUGCUUCUCUCUUUCCAGCCCUCACUGCUAUUCCUCCUGUUCCACCUCUCUAUAACUGGGGGCCAACACAGGGAACUCAGCACAGUUUUGCUGCAGGACAGAGUGGGGGAGGUUUCAGCGCUCUCCCUACCAACCAAACUGAGGCCACAGGGCCGCUGGGGGCCACAGGUGGAUUGUGGGUGGGAGGAAGUGAGAGCAGAACCUCUAAUAGUCAAGAGGAAGAAGGCACUUCUGCUCCAGCCACCUCUACAGUAGGUCCUGUACUGCAUGAGGGAGAAGGCAAUAAAGGAGGUGCAAUGGAUAGUUUGACCUCCUGCACCCAAGGCAGUAGAACUCCAGUGAACUCUUCCUCAGAGAAUAAGGGAGGCAGUCAGGUCCCACCCACCAGGGGUGGCACUGCUAGUAGAGGACUCCUGCCCAUCCCUGGAGCUGCACGUGGAACCAUGUGCAGAGGUGGGUCACAUGACAACAAUAGCAUGUACCAUCCCAGAGGGGGCAUGUCAGGAUCUGCUGAUAUGAUGCGUGGUGGCUUCAGGGGUAGAGGAUUACCGCCAGUUCCCAUGAGAUCUCGACCAGGUUGGGGACAAAUCAGAGGAGGCCCAUCCUGUAAUUGGGGCUAUCCCCCUGGGAGGGGAGGGGGUGGACGGCCGGACUACUAUUCAGACUACAGCUACAACUAAAUGCCAUUGGGAUGUCAUGGCUUCCCUAAUAGACUACUGGCAUUAUAAAUGUAUAUAUUUAACUGUAAGAGCACAUCAAAUCAAAAUGUCAUCAAGUGUAAUGGGGGGGGGGGGGAAUCUGGUUUUGUAUGAAUGAGAUUUGUGACUCAGUGGCCAGAGCUUCACUGUUUUCAAUAAUGCUCUUCCUAAACAAAUGUUUGGAAAACCUUGUUCAUACCACUAUAUUUAUAUUGCCAAGAAAUGUAAUUGCCUUUCAAUGUUUAAUUUUUGUCAAUAGUUUAUGUUUGGAUUUUCAAAUCGGUUUGUGAACAAGGAGCAAAAUGCAGACAAUAUUUUUUUAAAGAAAAAAAGUGAGUCAUUCUUCAUUUUAGCUGUUUUUGUUUUUUACAUUCUUGGUUGUACAGAUGUUCUAUUAAAACAAGGUUGUAUCAAACAAUGUGAUAUUGUGUUCCGUAUUAGCUCCAGUUGAGAAUGUGUUAACUCUUUGUAUGUGUACAUAGUUAUUUAUGAUAUUAUAUAAAAAAUUGU